UGGCGGGUCCCGGCCUCGGGGCUGGCGGGCUGAAAGCAGGAGGGAAGAUGGCGGCAGCGGCGGCAGCUGGUGCGGCCUCGGGGCUGCCGGGUCCAGUGGCCCAAGGGCUGAAAGAGGCGUUGGUCGAUACACUCACCGGGAUCCUGUCGCCGGUGCAGGAGGUGCGGGCGGCGGCCGAGGAGCAGAUCAAGGUGCUCGAGGUCACCGAGGAAUUUGGUGUUCAUCUAGCAGAGCUGACUGUUGAUCCCCAGGGGGCGCUGGCGAUCCGUCAGCUGGCAUCAGUCAUUUUGAAGCAAUAUGUGGAGACUCACUGGUGUGCCCAGUCAGAGAAGUUCAGGCCUCCUGAAACUACGGAAAGGGCAAAAAUUGUCAUCCGGGAGCUGUUGCCCAAUGGGUUGAGAGAAUCAAUAAGCAAGGUCCGCUCCAGCGUGGCCUAUGCAGUGUCGGCCAUUGCCCACUGGGACUGGCCUGAAGCCUGGCCCCAGCUCUUCAACCUGCUUAUGGAGAUGCUGGUGAGCGGAGAUUUAAAUGCAGUCCACGGCGCCAUGCGAGUACUCACAGAAUUUACUCGAGAAGUAACAGACACACAGAUGCCCCUUGUUGCUCCUGUCAUUCUUCCGGAGAUGUAUAAGAUCUUCACCAUGGCUGAGGUAUAUGGGAUUCGAACUCGUUCCCGAGCUGUGGAGAUUUUUACCACUUGUGCCCAUAUGAUCUGUAACAUGGAAGAACUGGAAAAGGGUGCAGCCAAAGUCCUCAUCUUCCCAGUGGUGCAGCAGUUCACAGAGGCCUUUGUGCAGGCCCUGCAGAUCCCAGAUGGCCCCACAUCUGACAGUGGCUUUAAAAUGGAGGUCCUUAAGGCUGUGACAGCCCUAGUAAAGAACUUCCCCAAGCACAUGGUGUCUUCCAUGCAGCAGAUUCUGCCUAUUGUCUGGAACACUCUAACUGAAAGCGCAGCUUUUUAUGUGAGAACAGAAGUGAAUUACACAGAAGAAGUAGAAGAUCCAGUAGACUCUGAUGGUGAAGUCCUAGGCUUUGAAAAUCUCGUCUUUAGCAUUUUUGAAUUUGUCCAUGCUCUGCUAGAAAACAGCAAAUUCAAAAGCACUGUUAAGAAAGCCUUGCCUGAGUUGAUAUACUAUAUUAUCCUGUACAUGCAAAUCACCGAGGAACAGAUUAAAGUGUGGACAGCCAACCCCCAGCAGUUCGUGGAAGAUGAAGAUGACGACACAUUCUCCUAUACCGUGAGGAUUGCAGCUCAGGAUCUGCUGCUGGCUGUGGCCACAGAUUUCCAGAACGAGAGUGCAGCCGCCUUGGCUGCUGCUGCCACUCGGCAUUUGCAGGAAGCGGAGCAAACCAAGAACAGCGGCACUGAGCACUGGUGGAAGAUUCAUGAGGCCUGCAUGCUUGCCCUUGGCUCUGUGAAGUCCAUCAUCACUGAUAGUGUGAAAAAUGGCAGGAUCCAUUUCGAUAUGCAUGGCUUCCUCACCAGUGUCAUCCUUGCAGACCUCAAUCUCUCAGUGUCUCCUUUCCUCUUGGGCCGGGCACUUUGGGCUGCCAGUCGGUUCACUGUCGCCAUGUCUCCUGAAUUGAUCCAGCAGUUCCUGCAGGCAACAGUUAGUGGUCUUCAUGAGACACAACCCCCAUCUGUUAGGAUCUCUGCUGUGAGAGCCAUCUGGGGUUACUGUGACCAGCUCAAGGCGUCAGAGAGCACCCAUGUGCUGCAGCCCUUCCUCCCCAGCAUCCUGGAUGGCCUCAUUCACCUUGCCGCCCAGUUCAGCUCCGAGGUCCUCAACCUAGUGAUGGAGACCCUGUGCAUUGUGUGUACAGUGGACCCAGAAUUCACUGCCAGCACAGAGAACAAAAUCUGCCCUUUCACCAUCGCCAUCUUCCUCAAGUACAGUAAUGAUCCUGUCGUUGCUUCUCUGGCUCAGGACAUCUUCAAGGAACUGUCCCAGAUCGAAGCUUGCCAAGGCCCCAUGCAGAUGAGGCUGAUCCCAACUCUUGUCAGCAUCAUGCAGGCCCCUGCAGACAAGAUCCCUGCAGGGCUCUGUGCGACCUCCAUCGACAUCCUGACCACAGUCGUGCGGAACACGAAGCCACCACUCUCCCAGCUGCUCAUCUGCCAGGCCUUCCCCGCUGUGGCGCAGUGCACGCUGCACACUGACGACAAUGCCACCAUGCAGAAUGGCGGCGAGUGCUUGCGUGCCUAUGUGUCAGUGACACUGGAGCAGGUAGCCCAGUGGCAUGACGAGCAGGGCCACAACGGGCUGUGGUACGUGAUGCAGGUGGUGAGCCAGCUCCUGGACCCCCGAACCUCCGAGUUCACUGCUGCCUUCGUGGGCCGUCUGGUCUCCACACUCAUCUCCAAGGCGGGCCGGGAGCUGGGCGAGAACCUGGACCAGAUUCUCCGAGCCAUCCUCAGUAAGAUGCAGCAGGCCGAGACGCUCAGCGUCAUGCAGUCACUGAUCAUGGUGUUCGCGCACCUGGUGCACACGCAGCUGGAACCACUCCUGGAGUUUCUGUGCAGCCUCCCAGGUCCCACCGGCAAGCCUGCUCUGGAGUUCGUGAUGGCGGAGUGGACGAGCCGGCAGCACCUGUUCUAUGGGCAGUACGAGGGAAAAGUCAGCUCAGUGGCCCUUUGCAAGCUGCUUCAGCACGGCAUCAAUGCGGAUGACAAGCGGCUGCAGGACAUCCGCGUGCAAGGGGAGGAGAUCUGCAACAUGGAGGAAGGUGUCCGCACGCGCUCCAAGUCUGCCAAACACCCUGAGCGCUGGACGAACAUCCCUUUGCUGGUCAAGAUCCUGAAGCUGAUUAUUAAUGAGCUCUCCAAUGUCAUGGAGGCCAACGCCGCACGCCAGGCCACUCCCGCCGACUGGCAUCAAGGUGCUCCAAUGAACAUGUGGGAGGAUCAGGAAGAGGAGGACGAGGAAGAAGAAGACGGCCAGGGACAUACUGAAAAACAUGUACCACGUUCCUCUGACAGGAAUGCUAACAUGGGCUUCAAAACAUUGACUAACAUAUGA